UCCACCACCUCGGCCUCCCAAAAUGCUGGGAUUACAGGAUAUAGAAGACUUAGAUCACUAUGAGAUGAAAGAAGAGCUUAUUAGUGGGGAAAAGUUGGAGGAUGAAGGAAUUAAAAAAGAAAAUUUGGCAAUAUUAGAGAAAAUUAGGCAAGACCAUUUAAAUGUGGUUGACCCUGAUAGUCCUUUGCACAGUGAUCUUCAGAUCUUAAAAGAAAAAGAAGGCAUAGGAGAUAUUUUGCUUAAUUUAUAUUUUAAGUUAAGAAAAUUGUUACAGGACUCUAUAUUUUUCUAAUGGGGGUGUAUAUUUGUACAAGUGUUUUAGAAAACAAUUUGGUAAAGUGGAAGAUACUCAUACACUAUGGUUCAGGAAUCUUGUGAAUAUUCACUCCACAAGAAAUGAGUAUGUAGGCACCAGGAGAUACAGGAAUGUUCAGAGCAGCAUCAUUUAUAAUAGCCCUAAACAGAAAAUAACCCAAGUGUUCAUUCCAAGAAAAUGAAGAACUGUGGUAUUCAUAAAAUGGCUUAUAGCUAUGUGGGACAAGAUGGGCGAACCUUGAACACUGUGUUAAGCAAAAGAGACCAGACCCCCAAAACCUAUUUUGUACAAUUUCCUCUAUAUAGAGUUCAAAAAUAGGCAAAACUAAUGUUGGUUAGGGCAUACAUUCUUA